CUUCAUGAUUGGCCACAUAUCUAAAGAACUGUAAUCCCUAUACAUGCGAUCAUCAAUGAUGCAAGUAAUUAACCCUUCUCCUUGUGGCUUCUGCAGUACAAAUUCCAGCAAAAGGUCGGAUGAUCUCUCUCAUUCUGGUCCAUCCAAGGAUCAUCAUGUCCUUCGAUCAUGUCGUGGGUCCCGUCCUAGUCAAAACUGGGAAUGCGUCUGUUCUAUCCGAGUCCUAUCAUUGUGGUGCAGCGAAGGAAAUGCCCAAGUCCCAUAGCCAGGCCAUGGCAAGUGGCCUCCAUGUUAAUGCCUUGCAUAUUAUUAUUAUUAUUAUUAUUAUUAUUAUGUUGCAAUAGAAUAAUGGGUAGCUCCAGCCUUGUGAGGAUGCUCAUUAGUUAGUCCUCCGCUUCCCAAUGAAAUCUCAAAAGAUCAACAUGCUCUUCCUCAAUUCCGAGCAUCCCGUUCUCCAAAAUCCCACGAGCACCAUGGCCCUUUUAAAAUGAUGCAGAGGGGGGGGUCCCCAUCCUUGAAACGCCAAAGCUUUUGGCAUUAAAAUAAAAGGGAGAGAGAAGCAGAAGAGGAAAGAUAUGGGUGGUGAAGCCUAAAAAGAAGAUCUACAUAGUGGACAGAGAUAUGGACGGAUACAAUGGAAUUCAUGAUUCCACUCCCCUGCGACUGCGAAUCGAUGAGCGCGAGUCGUACGGAGUGAGUUUCGAUGCGUAUAAACCAACCAGCUUUGUGUUCAAUUCAGCACCAUCAUUUGGGACAUCAUCUCGUCACCUUAAGCACAUGAGCCAAUCAAUUGCUGCUCGUAUUGGAGAGAAGGGAGAAAGUUGGCGGAAUUAAAACAUGAACAUGGCUUUGGCGAGGCCUAUUAAGUUUGUACAAGAGCCUCACAUGGGGACGCUUGGCCUCAGUGAUUGUGAUACAUGCAUCAAUAAGGAAAAGCUAUCAUAGAAAAAGGAAAAGGCCAGCAGGAUGGGCUCCGUUUCCACCUCCCGGUCCCUACGGACACCGCAGUCGCCGUUUUGAGGGGGAUUCCGGUCAACUCGGUCAACUUGGAUUGGAUUGCAAUGCUUUCCCCCCCACUCUCCCCGACGCACCAUGGAUGCAACCCAAAAGGAAUUUUAUAAAAGCCGCAGCCAACUCAACGCUAGCCCAAUACCAAGGUUGAGAGAGAGAGAGGAAGCCAUGAGGUGGGUUUUCCAUGAGUGGCUGGCUGGCUUCUUCUCUUCUACCUCCUUUUACUACUGCAGUACUACUAAACAAAGCCAAUGGCAGAUUCCCAAUCAUCCUUUCCCCUUCAAAGGAAACAACCAUCAUUGCUCCCAAACCAUCCUUUUCUGACAUAGGAAGUUGAGCUUUUAAGCCCCUUCUCGCUCUUGCCUUCCUCUCCUACUUAAACUCGCCCAGACUACACCAAGUUGGCAUCCAUCUCCCCCCAUCAUCUCUCCGGUCUUGGUUAUCUCUUCUCCUUGCCUGGACUUAAAGACCCCAUGAAGCCGUCCUCCACCUCUGUCAAUGGCUUCUACUCGUCCCUGUCUCAGGGACUCGACGAGCUCGAGCGCUGCUUCGCCUCGAACAACUUCAUGUCCCUCCAAUUCCUUCAGCGGGCCGUGUCGCUCCUCCGCUCGUUCCACUCCCAGCUCACGCACCUGGUCCAGAAGCUCCACCUCCCCGUAGGGGAGAAGUGGCUCGACGAGUACAUGGACGAGAGCUCCCGCCUCUUGGAUGCCUGCCAUGUCCUCAAGAUGGGCGUCUGCAGCAUGGAGAAGUACUACUCCACCGGCGCCGACAUCGUCUCCUCGCUCGAGGAUGGCUGCCGCCACCUCAGUCCUCAGAACAGCAGACAGGUAAUGCGGGCGAUAUCGGUAUGCCGGAGGGCGGCCGUGGGGCUGGAAGAGGAGAACAGAGUGGUGGUGGAGACGAGAGCCGAGUCUCUCUCGCUCCGGUUCGACGAGAAAGUCCCGGUGGAAUCCAGGCUCAACGGAUUCAAUGGAUUCAGGGGGGUUCUCUAUGCGAUGAGGAGCGUCAGCUCCUUCCUCCUCAUGCUCCUGCUCUGGGGAUUGGUCUGCUGGUGGCCCGACCGGAGCUCGGAUGCAUCGGCGGCCAUCGAAGGUUCGCUCUUCUUCGGGUCGGGGUUCAUGGUGUCGAUGGCGCGGUUGCAGCAGAGGGUGGUGGGGGAGAUCGAGAGGAUGGACCGGCGGCCGGGAAUUCUCAUGUACGAGUUCCGGAGGGUGAGAGCCGGCAUGGAGGAUCUGAGGGAGGAGUUGGAGAGGAGCAGGGGGUGCGAAGCUGAAGGAGGGGGGCUCAGGGAGAGGGUGGAGAGCUUCAAGUUGUGGUUCGGGCUGCUGAGGUCUGGAACCGAGAAUAUCACCGGGCAGCUGGACGACUUCUUCGACGAGAUCGUGGAAGGGAGGAAGAAGCUCUUGGAUAUAUGCAGUCAGAGGUAAGAGCAAGUGUUGAAAAGGUAAGAUGAAAACAAGAGAAAAUGGCAGCUAUAGGCUAAAGAGAUCAUGGGAAGCUAGGAUAGGUUUUUGGGCUGUCUUUUCUCUUUUCUCUGUUUCUGUCCAAAGGCUUUUGGUAUCCUUUUCGGUUGUAGUUGGAUGUGUUUCAUAGCAUGUAGAGCUAUUGACAUACCAAAAUAUAUGUACAUGUGGUAAUUUUGUGA